CUUCGACCAAACUUCGCUGAUGGGCCUCUGGCCCUAAAUAUGGAUAUGACGUCACCAACCCUUCGUCCUACAGGAACUUGGGCACUCAAUUUUCGUAGCAAUACAAGUCAUGAUAGAUGGGCUACCAUUAUAACCUCCAUGAACACAAGAGAUGGCUCGGUGAUGUUUAUCAGGGCGGUCGCACAACCAAGCCAAUUAGCCCUAGGCUUUCUUGACAGAGAGGAAGAACAAGAUCCAACGGCGGCCGAAACGGAACAGCCUAUUUUGGAUCUCAACAAUACGAGAACAGGUUUAUCCCCGGCCACAUUCUUUACCGUCACGGACGACGAAUUUCCACAAGGGUAUGGUGACUUUGUCUUCAAGUCGAUAGAUGGUGUAGUAUUCCACUUUCCACUUUUCCUGCUAUCCUAUGUCUCUCCUGUUUUUAAGGACAUGUUUGCGAUCGGCGAGGGCGAUCAGAAUCAGGAGAUGGUGACGCUGGCCGAAGAUCACGCGACCCUGGAAUACUUUCUUCGUCAUAUCGAUCCUUUGAAAGAAACUCCACCUCUUGAUUGGAAUUGCUUGUCAGGUGCAUUGAAAGCCGCUGAAAAAUAUCAAGUUCCGGUUAUUUUCAAGUGGUUCGAGAAAGAAGUUGCUGUAUCCAUUACUGCAACGCACUAUCCUACCCUUCCGAAUCCGAUGCUAUACUUUGCGAUGGCUCGUCGCUACGAGCUUCGCAUGACAGCAAGACUUGCACUUCGUGAACUCAUCAAAUGCCCUAUCUCGGAGGUUUUGGGAAAUCCAAGUGUAGACAGUUCGCUAUUGAAGCAUGUCAUCAAUUUGCGGGGAGAAAGGACGCAGAAGCUGAUACAAGUGAUCCAUACGACGUGCCCGGCUAUGUCAAUCCGGGCAAUCGAUAGGUGCUAUACGCACGAAAGGAGUUACAAUGAUCACGAUUGGAAAAUGCGAGUGAUGCAAGCCGUCGUUACUGAGCCAAGUUGGUCGGCGAUUGAGUCGAGUGUAGGAAAGCCAGCCUGCGGCAAGUGUGUCGUGUUGGGAGAUGCAAAAGAGGCGAGAGAGAAGGUGGAUCAGAUGGAGAAUGAGCUCCCUGCACUAGACUGGUGA